AUAUUAAAACAAGAAACCCCAAAACGAAAUGGACCAGCUGAUGAAGACCGAGUCGGCCCGGGGAGAGGGUAGUCAGACCCAGGAGCUGACCUGCAGUGUGGUCUUCACCAACCCCAAGUUUAAUGGUAAAGUCGAUGCCUCUGUCUCGGAUGAUGAAUUGGGAACUGUGACUCGUUUGGUAUCCAAGGCCGAGGAAUUAGAGCUCCAUCGAGUCUUUAAGAGCAUGUCAUCGGAGGGUUUUGAGGUGCUGCGGCCCCUAAACCGAUCCCUAUUUGACUUUGGCCACAAUUAUGAGGAUGUGGAGGGAUGGCUUAAGAUGGCCCAGCCUCCCAAAGAUCAGCUACCGUCUAUUCUUCGUUACAUAAUAGAGUCGCACCAGAUAACCACCAUUCAGAUUGAUAUUAACAAAAUGUACUUCAACUGCCACUUGAUUGUACUACAGGUUUACUCCGAAUUUUUUUUGAAGUUGGAGGACAUCCCGCUGCUAAUAACCUUGCCCGAAAACCGGGUCUCCCAAAAGGCCUUUAUGCUCAUUUACAAAUGGAUGCUGAGCGAUGAUCCCUACUUGGAACGUGCCCACAUUGUGGAGAUCUUUGUGGCAGCUACCUACUUAAGGAUCAAUGAUCUCCUGGACCAUUGUUGGAAAUAUUUCGACGAUUCCAAGUGCUUUGAAGAGGACACUGCCUGCAUUUUAUAUGUAGAAACCCAAAAUAAUCCUGCCUUGGACGUAGUACGAAAUAUAAUGCUGACGAGGAUCCACAAAUUUUUUCUGACAUUUGUGGCCUCUAGUGAUUUUUUGAAUAUUCCCGUUAGUCAUUUAGUUUACCUUCUCAGUUCAAGUAAAAUUUCUGUUAACAACGAAGCUGAGGUACUUUUCGUAGCUAUUCGAUGGAUGUCUUAUGAUUGGGAAGAACGCAAGAAGUAUGCCCUAAGGAUCUUUCCUUGUAUUCGCUUCAAGCUUAUGCCGCUAUGGUUUCUCCUAUAUUUGCAACGGGAUGAGACCAAUACUUAUGUAAACGAGUUGAUCGCCAUAGAAGAUUAUAAUGAUCAAGUCAACGAAUCCAUCGCCAGAAUUAGCAGUCUAAUGUACGAUGAAAAGGAAGCGCGUCUGCCCGAGACUACAGGAGAUAUCUUUAAGCGAAAAGGAGCAGAGCAACGCAAUUGGAUUUGCGAUAAAACGUGCAACUAUUAUCACUACGUCGGUUGCAUAAAAAAUAGAGAAAUUCGCUAUGAAAAGUUCGAGGAAUAUCUUAGUGAUAUCCAAAGAUGUAGUACUGACCAUUGGGAAAAGGUGGAGAUGCUCGACCCGAGUAAUCCGCAAAAGUGCUGCAAUGUUAGGAUACAACUUGUUUAUUAGGACAAAAAAACAAA